AGCGGCGGAGCCGGGGCAUGGCGGGCCUGGGCUCCCUGGAACCGGGCACCGGCCCCGGCCCCGUCCCGGCCACCCGCGUGGAGAUCACCGUGUCCUGCAGACAGCUCCUAGACCGGGACACCUUCUCCAAGUCGGACCCCCUGUGUGUGCUGUACACGCAGCGCCCAGGCAGCCACCAAUGGCGGGAGUUUGGCCGGACCGAGGUCAUCGACAAUUCCCUGAAUCCCGAUUUCCUGCGGAAGUUCGUGCUGGAUUUCUGCUUCGAGGAGCGGCAGAACCUGCGCUUCGACCUGUACGACGUGGACUCCAAGAGCCCCGACCUCUCCAAGCACGAUUUCCUGGGCCAGGCCUUCUGCACCCUGGGUGAGAUCGUGGGCGCUGCCGGCGGCCGCCUGGAGAGACCCCUCACGAUGGGCACGACCACCCCCCACUCCCGGGGUAGAAAACCCGCUCCUGCCUCUGCCAGCGGCGGAAUUCCCGGGAGGAAAUGCGGGACCAUCAUCCUCGUGGCCGAAGAGUUGGGAAACUGCCGGGACGUGGCCACGCUCCAGUUUUGUGCCAACAAGUUGGACAAGAAGGAUUUCUUUGGAAAAUCCGACCCCUUCCUGGUGUUCUACCGGAGCAACGAGGACGGGACGUUCACGCUGUGCCACCGCACCGAGGUUGUUCGGAGCUCUCUCAAUCCCGUGUGGGCGGCGUUCGCCAUCCCCGUGCGGGCCCUGUGCGGGGGGGACCCGGAACGGGCCAUCAAGGUGGAGGUGUACGACUGGGACCGGGACGGCAGCCACGACUUCAUCGGGGAGUUCCGCACGAGCCUGCGGGAGCUGGCGCGGGGCCGGAGCCCCCCCAACAUCUACGAGGUCGUGAACCCCCGCAAGAAGCUGAAGAAGAAAAAAUACCUGAACUCGGGCACG